AUGUUGAUCAAAGAAUAUCGGAUUCCAGUGCCAAUGACAGUCGAUGAAUAUCGGAUUGCUCAAUUAUAUAUGAUUGUGAAAAAAAGUCGAGAAGAAACCAAUGCACCUGGAAGUGGCGUCGAAAUUCUUAAAAAUGAACCAUAUACAAAUGGACCGGGUGGAAAUGGACAAUAUACAUUUAAAAUCUAUCAUAUCGAACGACAUUUACCCGCCUGGUUUAAAGCUAUUCUACCGACAAGUGCGAUGAAAAUUGAAGAAGAGGCAUGGAAUGCGUAUCCGUAUACUAAAACACGUUAUCGCUGUCCAUUUAUCGAACGUUUUAUACUCGAAGUUGAAACGUGUUACCAAGCGGAUUUCGGCACACAAGAAAAUAUCUUUCAGUUGAAGCCACAAGAACUCGAUCAGCGUGUUGUUGAAAUCCUUGAUAUUGUUCAAAGCCAGCCAGUGUCGGAUAUACCAGCGGAGAAUCCCGCUUUGUUUCAUUCGGAGAAAACAGGACGUGGUCCAUUGUCGUCCGAUUGGUUCGAACAAAUGAAACGAACGGGAAAGAAAGAUGUCAUUAUGUGUGCUUAUAAAUUGUGUCGAGUAGAGUUUCGUUAUUGGGGUAUGCAGAGUAAAUGUGAACGUUUCAUUCACGAGAUCGCUUUACGCAAAACGAUUCUACGCGCACAUCGACAAGCUUGGUGCUGGCAAGAUGAAUAUCAAGGUUUGACACUAGCUGAUAUCCGUCAUCUCGAAGAUGAAACACAACGUGAACUCAACAAACGCAUGGCAAACUUUCAGAAUCUCAAUGUUCGUCCAUCCAUAGCAAAUUCGACAUCGGAAAAUGAUGAAUCACAACUAACACCGACAGUUUCGUUGAACGAGAUUAAUCCUCCGUUAUCUGUUAAACGUAGUCAACAGACCUCAAUUGAUAAUCUGAAUGCUAAUCGUUCAAGAAUUAAUGCAUUUCCUGUUCCACCCUUGCCACGCGAUGAAACGCCCGAUGAUGAAUAUUUUGAUGCUGAAUCUCACAUCGAAUGUUUAUUAACCUCACGUUCGUUAAGAAAUCUACAACAUUCAUUGGAAGAUGAAACGUUAUUAUCAAGUCUUGAUGAUGAUGAACGAACAUAUGUGAGUUUGUCAGGCGAUGAGAGCGGUAGUAAAUGUUCAAUUGAAUUCCUAAUGCUCAUCUUCUAUGGUGGAAAUAUUUUCUCCACUGAAGAUUCGUUCGAAAGCGCCAAGAAAACCGAUUUUCUUAGUUUUCGAACAACAUUCGACACAGUCAUGCACAAUCAUUAUCCACGUAUAGAGGGCAAAAUCGCCAUACGUUUUGUUGAAUGUCGUUCAAUAUCAAUUGAAGCAAUUAAUUUACUUAGUAGUUUAUCACCGUAUGGAACAGCAGAUGUAUCGCAUGAUAUUACACAUAGUGAAACAUUACCAAUUAAUGCUAUACCGUUAUUUGCUAUAUCGAAUCCGAAUUAUCAAACAGUUCUAACGAACGCCAUCGCAUCAGCGAACAAAGUUUAUCAGGAAUUUAUCUCAUCGAAAGAGGGAAAGAAUUUUUCCGGACAAGUUGUGGUUAUCGGAGAUGCAAACGGAGCGAUCCUAGCUUAUGAUGCUUUGUGCUUAAAUCAUAAUUUAGACGAUACGACGUCAUUGUAUGGUGAAGAAGGUUCGACGCCUCGCACACCUGCUCUGUCCAAACGUACAAUGACAAGUGUUCAACAUGACAGUAGCGACUCAACAUCACUACAUUCAUCGACUCGACAGAUACCAAAGCGUGCCAUGACAUUUGACAGUCCUGAAACAGGCGAUAGCAUAUCACGCACAGGUGACAAUUCGCGAUCAAGACAAGAGCAGUACGGCUUGGUGUUAGCAUUUAAUGUCAAUGAGUUCUUUUCCUUCGGCUCUCCUCUAUCAUUAAUUCUUGCAUAUCGUAAAUUAUUAACUGAUAACGUUGUUCAUCCAUGCUGUGGACAAUUGUAUAACUUAUUUCAUGCGUGCGAUCCGAGCGCAUCUCGACUUGAACCAUUAAUUCAAUCUGAAUUCAGCCAGAUACCACCCUGUUGCAUUCCUCGCUAUUCCCAAUUUCCACUAGGUGAUGGAGAAUCAACAUUACUCGUUGAAUACGUGCAUCAAUAUAUGAAAUUAUUUAUGAAUAAUGAUACCAAAAAUUCAACGUUAAUUAAUACAUCGCGACCGAUCAAUGGAAGUAAUUCAAUCAAUACAGACAUGGUUUUUUCCAAUAUUCGACAAAUCUGGUGGGGCUCAAGACGCGUUGAUUAUAUUGUCUAUUGUCCUGAAUUCCUCAUGAGCCAACCUGCACACGUCCUACCGAUUGUUUUCCAUUCUAGUUAUUGGGAAUCACGGGAUGUCAUGGCAUUUAUUUUGCGAAAAAUUAUUCGGAAUCAAGAAGACUAUCGCUUCUAUCCCACUCAAACAAAUACAAAUCAUGCGUCGUUUGCUCCUGAACAGCCAACUGAACGUUGGUUACAUCGCACAACAGCUGUGAAAAUUCGAAAUUUGGCUCCCAACCAUCGAGCAAAUGAUAUAAUCAUCGUUGAUGCUAAACCGCAAACAAUUCAAGCCAAAUUUCAUUACGGACCGAUCGAUAUGGUUUGUUUAGCAAACGAAAAAGUUAACAUCUAUGUGAUGAGAUCUGCUCCAUAUGGUGAAUGGACAUUACUUGAGACCGUGGAAACAGACACACAUGGUCGUAUAAAAUAUACAAUACCUGUUGACAAGAAACUGCCAUUAGGCUUACAUCCUGUCAAACUUGUCGUUCGUGGUGAUCACACAACCGUUGAUCUUUAUCUAACAGUGUUACCACCGAAGAGUGAAGCAGUUAUAUUUAGUAUUGAUGGUUCAUUCACAUCGAGUUUUUCUGUUAGUCAUCAUGAUCCAAAAGUACGUCCUGGUGCUGUUGAUGUAGUUAGAUAUUGGCAAGAGCUUGGUUAUAUUAUUAUUUAUGUUACUGCACGUCCUGAUAUUCAACAACGGCGCGUUGUUCACUGGCUUGCUCAGCACAAUUUUCCACAUGGUAGAUAUAAUCAGAAAAUUUUACUUUUGAGUACACGAUUUUACUUAGGAAUGACAUUGUUCAAUGAUGGAAUAUCUCGAGAGCCUAUUAAACAUAAGUCGGAAAUGAUACGACACGUUGUUGAAAACGCUGACAUGAUCAUUGCGGCUGCGUAUGGCUCGUCGAAAGAUGUGCCAAGCUAUCAGUCGAUUCAUGUGCCACACGACCGAAUAUUUGUUGUGGGAAAAGUGAAAAAUCGUUUACAAGGUCAAGCACGAUUCAUUAUUGAUGGUUAUGCCGUACACUUAGCUGAACUUUCUAAGCCAGGCGUUGUACAUCCGUCGAAGUCCAAUUCGCGUCAUUUAAUUCGUCGGGCUUGUUUUAAUUUGCCCAAAUUAUCUACAAUUGCAAUCGGUCAGUCAUCAUCAUCAUCUCUCAAUCCGACUCAUCAACCAGGUUCACCGACAUCUCAAUCAAUUGCAUCCACCGAUACAUCUCUACCAACACCGUCAAGCAAUCGGAAGGGAAUCCUUCAUGAUCAUUUAGGCUUCAAUAGUUCGCAAUCCAAAGAUGCUCCCUCGCGAGGCAUAUCCCCUCGUAUUAAUCGUAAUCCCGCAACGAGCAAUGCCUACAAUCCAUCGUCAAUCGAAAAACUGUAA